AUGGUGAUGAGGCAGGCGGCUCGGCUGGUGGUUCCAGGAGGCCCGAGUACCCUUAGCAGAGCCCAGUGGAGUCCUCAAAACACCCGGACUUUCUGUCAGCUCUACGUUGAUGAGAUUGACAAGGGAAACUGCCCUAGGGGUCAGAUGUCGAAGUGGGGUUGGAAAAAUCUGACAGAGGGUUACUUCAAAGCGACAGAAUUAGUUCAUGACAACAUCAUCUUUGGGAGUAGGGUCCGCCAGCUGAAGAAGGAAUGGAAUGAUCUAUGGAAGCUCUAUCACAAGGAGACAGGCUUGGGGCGCAAUGCAGAUGGCUCCAUCAGUGCUUCAGCUGAAUGGUGGAAAACCAACGACAAGGACAACAAGCUUAAGGGUACACUGCCUGACUACAUGGACCUUUUGGAGCGCAUGUUCCUUGGCGUAGCGAAGGAUGUGGGGAAACCACUUAUGCUCCUAGCCAUGCAGGAAUGCAUGUAUGUGAGCGAUGAUGAUGAAAGACGUCCAUACCCCUCGAGCAUUGGGAGCAAGAGAAGCUACAGCAGACCAAAGACUCACAAAGAUCGCUUGCUAGUCCCGACAAGAGGGCGGAGUCCAAAGAAGGAGGAUGAACGAAGGCAUAAGGAACUUGACCGUCAAUCUGGACAACAGGAUGAAGCUACCAAGAAGAUUUGGCAUGAGAGGAAUCAAGUCAGAGAAGAAGAAGAAGAAUGA